AACAUGACAUGAUUAUUUUAUGCCAGCACCCGAGUUAUUGAGUUGAGGCUAUAGACGGGGUUGACCCUGUGGUGUUUCCUCACACUUAUAUAACCCCUUCCAUGCCUCCACUCCAGCCAGUAUAUUCCUUGACCCAGUGGGGCAUCCCUGCUCCAGCUUAUCCCACUGGAAGUUGGCACAAGACAUAGCAGAUGAGAGAAUGAAGAAAUUUGAAAUAUCACUAAAAAGUUAUGAGAUCGGUGAAGAGAAUAUGAUGGAGAAAGACAGGACUCAUGUAGCUUACAAGAUAUUAAACCUCACCCUGGAGAUCAUCUACCUGCUGACGGGAGAGGAUUAUACAGUUAUAAAGAAGUCUGGAGAGCUUCUGUCUGUGAAACUCAGCGACCACGCCCGCAUGUCAGGAGGACUGAGCAGGACCCAGAGCCCCAUCACUGUGUCUCCACCUCACUCCCUGAUACGUGAAAAUCACAAUGACCAAAAGGUCCUGGAACUCACCAACAAGAUCAUUCAGCUGCUGACUGGAGAGGUUCCUAUAAGGUGUGAGGAUGUCACUGUCUAUCUCUCCAUGGAGGAGUGGGAGUACUUAGAAGGACACAGGGGUCUGUACAACGACAUCAUGUUGGAGAAUCCCUGGCCCCUGACAUCAUUGGGUUUAACUAACGGCAAAUGUGUGAGUGAAGAAUCAUCACCGAGGGAAGGAAGAAACCUAACAAACAUUGAUAUGUGUACACCCAUAGAUAAUGCACAAUAUUCAUCUACUCAUGUUGAGGAGGAACCAGUCUCAUGUGAUGGAAGAAACCUCACACACACUGAUAAUUAUACUCCCACAGGUCAUACACAGUAUACAUCUACUCAUACUAAGGAGGAACCAGUCUCAUGUGAUGUAGGAGACCUCACACACACUGACAAUUAUACACCCACAGAUCAUACACAGUAUACAUCUACUCAUAUUAAGGAGGAUCCAGUCUCAUGUGAUGGAAGAAACCUCACACACACUGAUAAUUAUACUCCCACAGAUCAUACACAGUAUACAUCUACUCAUACUAAGGAGGAACCAGUCUCAGGUAAAGGAGGAAGCUUCACAAAACCUGACAUUUAUACACCCACAGGUCAUACACAGUAUACAUCUACUCAUACUAAGGAGGAACCAGUCUCAUGUGAUAGAGGAGACCUCACACACACUGACAAUUCUACUCCCACAGGUCAUACACAGCAUCCAUCUACUCAUACUAAGGAGGAACAAGUCUCAUGUGAUGGAGGAGAUCUCACACACAUUGACAUGUAUACACCCACAGAUCAUACACAGUAUACAUCUACUCAUACUAAGGAGGAACCAGUCUCAUGUGAUGGAGGAGACCUCACACACACUGACAAUUAUACUCCCACAGGUCAUACACAGGAUACAUCUACUCUUACUAAGGAGAAACCAGACUCAUGUGAUGGAGGAGACCUCAUAGACACUAAUAAUUAUACUCCUACAUAUCAUACACCGUAUACAUCUACUCAUACUAAGGAGGAACCAGUCUUGGGUAAAGGAGGAAGCUUCACAAAACCUGACAUUUAUACACCAACAGGUCAUACACAGUAUACAUCUACUCAUACUAAGGAGGAAUCAGUCUCAUGUGAUGGAGCAGACCUCACAGACACUGACAUGUAUACACCCACAGGUCAUACACAGUAUACAUCUACUCAUAGUAAGGAGGAACCAGUCUCAUGUGAAGGAGGGAGCCUCACAGACACUGACAUGUAUACACCCACAGAUUAUACACAGUAUACAUCUACUCACAUUAAGGAGGAAUUAUUCUCAUGUGACAAAGGAGACCUCACAGUCACUGACAUGUAUACACCUACAUGUCAUACACAAUAUAUAUCUACUCAUACUAAGGAAGCAUUAGUCUCAUGUAAAGGAAGAAGCCUCAGAAGUACUGACAAUUAUAUAUCCUCAUAUCAUACACAAGAUACAUUUCUCAUUAAAAAAGAACCUUAUGAUGGAGGAGACCUCACACACACUGGCAUGUAUACACCCACAGAUUACACACAGUAUACAUCUACUCAUAUUAGGGAAGAAUCAGUCUCAUGUGAAAACAGCAGAAAGAGAAUGACUUGUUUUGAAUGUGGAAAACAUCUCGCUUCUAAAUCAAAUCUUAUUCGACACCGGCAAACACACAGCAGACUCAAACCAUUUUCAUGCUCUGAAUGUGGCAAGUGUUUUUCCACACGUGGAUAUCUAUCUAUUCAUCAGAGGAGUCACACGGGAGAGAAACCAUUUUCUUGUUCCGAAUGCAAUGAAAGAUUCUUUGCUAAAUCCCAACUUGUCCAACACAAAACAAAAUGUCACAGCGACGAAAGAUUUGUUUGUGCCUAUUGCGGGAAAUCUUUUAUCGUGAAAUCCACUCUUAACGAACAUCAGAGAAUUCACACAGGAGAGAAGCCAUUUAAUUGCGCAGAGUGUGGGAGAUGUUUCAACAGGAAAUCGAACCUUGUAGCACACUAUAAAGUUCACACAGGCGAAAAGCCGCACUGUUGCCCGGAUUGCGGGAAAUGUUUCAGUAGCAAAUCGAUGGUUCGUACCCAUCAGAGAACUCACAUAGGACAAAAGCCAUACUCCGACUGUCACGUUGGCCUUUGUUUAUCAAGUCUUAAGUCACAAAGAACAAAAACUAUUUGAUCGACUCAAUAUUCCACCAUCAGAUCAAACCCUUGGCUUUAAUCAUCGGGAAAUCAAUAAAUGCGAAAUGCCACAUUCAUGUCCCGAUAUGUAAAUAUUUUACUGAAAGCCAACUUGGUGCCAUCAUAUCCAAUCAGGGCUGCUUUGAGUGAAGACAGACACUGUAUUCGCCAAUGACACAAACCCAUCUGGUCUAGGAACCCAAUGACCACUCUCAGACAUUCAGCCAUAAAUGACCUCUGUUUAGGAGGAAGAGGUCGUAAAGAUCCAUGGCCAGGGUGUAUUUAUGUUUGUAGAUAAUCUCCAUAAUUUGUAUUAAAAAAAAAAUGCCAAUUAAAAAUUAUCCGUGAUGGU